AAAAAGACCAAAAGACGAGGGGAAGGCGUCAGCAUGGCCCAGAAAAACAAUUUUCAGUUCUCCAUCAGGGAAUAUAGACCUUCAGAUCAACAUGUGGUCAUGUCACUAUUUAAGGAUGGGAUUUUUGAGCAUGUUUACCCAGCCUUUUUCAAGGCCAUGAGCCAUCCAGACCAUAUUGGUGUUGCUCUGAGCAUUUCGAUGGCUGGUUAUGUGCUUGGAGGCAGCUCCUACUUCCAAGCUCUACUGUUUGGCACUGCAUGGGCUGGCCUCAUUUAUUAUUGCUGCCAUGAUAUCUAUGAGGGCUACAUGAUGAGGAGGCAAAGCGCAGAUAUGGCCGACAUUCAGGCCAGCUACCUGGAAAACCCAGAUAACGGCUUCUGGGUAGCAGAGACAGACAUCAAUGGCCAAUCCAAGGUGGUAGGGAUGGUGGGAGUGACUGGAAAAAGCGGAGAGGAAGAAGGCAAAAGGUUUGAAGACUGGAAUGGCGGAGUGACGGGAGGAGGCUCUGAGCUGGCUCAAGAUGCCGGGGAUGGAAGUUAUGGUGAGAUGUGUCACAUGGUCGUGGCAUUUUCGUGGCGCCGCAAAAACUUGGGCUCGCAGUUGACACGGAAGGCUUUGGAUUUCUGCAAAGAGAGAGGCUUCGGCCGUCUCAUCCUGGAUGUGAGCUCUCCACAGACAGCAGCCAUUUCCCUGUUCGAGAAAGCCGGCUUUGUGCAAACCUCAUCCCAUCGCAACACGCACGCCAACCGCUGGUUCUCCAACCUCGCCAGAAUAAAUGUGAUGCGAAUGGAGAAAUUAAUUUAAAGAUAAAAUUUACUCUAGCGAGCAGCUAUUAGAACCUAAAAUGUACAGCAUAUCAUGAAUAUGUCACUUAAUUUAAUCUUGUACCAUCAUUGGAAAAAACUCUCUGUGUGAUAUUGGUCACUGGUUUCUCAAAUUUGCUAUCAUGGUAGUUUGAAAAAUAUAUUAAAUUUCAUGUUUUUUUCCACAA